GCUCUGGCGUUCUACCAGUGGUGCAACUAUUGGCAAGCGAACGCAGAGCGCGAGCCCUUGGUCAUCAACAUGGAUGAGUCAAGCCUUGCUUUUCAUUGGAGCGGCUUAGUUGGAACAGUUGCGGAGGCAGCAGUGAGUGUGGCGACAGACAAGGCCAAGCUCAGCAGCCGAAGGGCGCGGUUGACGCGGAAGUUCCUCCGGUUGCUGUGUGCCCGUUUGGGCGACUUGUUGAAGACGCGCAGCGUGGGCUUAUUGCUCGAUUUCGCUCCGUGCCAUGUGCAUGAUUCGAUUUUUGAAUUGGCCCGAAGCGCGGGGCUGCGCUUGUUGUUUGUCCCCCCUGGCAUGACGCCACUUCUGCAGCCUUGUGACACCCACUGCCUUGCAGCCUUCAAAAAUAACGCCCAAGAGAAUUGGAGGGUGAAGAAGAGUGAAGCUGGUGGGCAUCCAACUCUGUUGAUGUGGUUCCAAGCUGUGGCAGCUGCAAUCCAUGACCUUGUUCAUAGAAAUUGGGCUCGGGCCUUUGAGAGUGAUGGAAUUCUGCAGCAACAGCGGAACAUGUCAAGUCAUUUGUUGAAGCAGCUACACUGGAGUACCGCGCCCCAGGUCUCGCCAGUGUGGCCCAGCGAGGAGGUGGCAACUCUACUCUUUCCGCGCAACUGGUGUGGGAACCGUGCGAAACAUAUCAGUGGAAACCCUGACGUGUGGUACAUUCGUACUUUGAAUUAG